AUGGCCUCUUCAGAUACCAAAAGAAAAGACGCCUCCAGCGCCCGACAUCGCUCCCAUAAAGGCUGCUGGACGUGCAAACGGAAACGAAUCCAAUGCGACGAGACUCGGCCUGGUUGUCAAAAGUGCAGCUCCAGAGGAGUCACCUGUGAAGGCUAUGAGAUCCGGCUUCGCUGGGGUGCCGGUAUCGCGUCAAGAGGUCGAUACAGUGGGGCGGAGAAGCCCGUGAAAGAGUUUAUACCGCCGCCAUCAAAGCGCCGGUGGGAUCUACGCGACAAGGGCGAGCAAAGAGAGGAAGGAGAUCAUCAGGGUCAGCCCGUGUUGCUAUUUAGCUCGAGCUCUAGCGAUGUCCGGUCGAUGACACGUUUGAAUCAACCCGUUUACGAACGGCCGACAGUGAAUAUAUUGAACGUACCACACGGAGAAAACCAGAAUGACUACAUACAUAUCAAGAAACACUUUGAGCUUCCGGCGUCGAUGAGGGAUUUUGAGAGCGCUCAGGAACAUUUACUUGGAGGGAGGUCCACACAAUAUUCCAAGAAUAUCACGGGACGAUCUGCUAUUCUUGCCUAA